AUGUUGGAGAUUAGUGAAUGGGAAUCUAAUCCAAACCCAACCAUGAAGUUGUUAGCUCUGUUUUUUGUGGUUAUGGUUGCAAAUUGUGAAGGUUCUGCUGGUCCUGAGAAAGAGCAGAAGAUCAUAUGGCCAUGUGCUGAAGGAAACCCUUGUGAUGCUGCUUAUUGUGCCAGGUAUCCAAAUGUGGAAUGUCGUCCAGGUGCUGAUAACCCAUGCAAAGCUGAGUUUAUCUAUGAGUUGAGAGGAGAGAUCAAAGUGAUAAAGAACUGCAAAAAUGCCAAGCCAUGCUCAGAAGCCUGCCCUCGAAUUUACCUCCCAUUGUGUGGAAAUGAUGGCAAAACAUAUGGCAAUGAAUGUGAGCUCAAUGUUGCAAAGUGCAAGAGUAAGGGGGAAAUAAGACUCAAGAAGGAAGGAGAAUGUGGUGAAUGA